AUGGCCAAGGGCAUUAUGGGUCAACCUUAUAGCAAGUUGACUGCAAUAGUUCAAGAAGGCAGCUCACCCCCACCUUCUCAAGCGCAACGAGGAACGGGUAAUAUAGAGCAUGCCACACCCAUGUACCAUGAUGGAGUAAAAACAUUGAGGUGUGGGAAGGGUUUCUCCGAUUCACACGCCAUCCUGCGACAUGAUCGGAUCCACACCAGGGAGAGGCCGUUUACUUGCUGUCAGUUCCCUGACCUGCAGCGUCACCAGCAGGUUCACACUGGGGAGAGGCUGUUCAAAUGCGUUCAGUGUGGGAAGGGAUUUGCUGAGUCCUCUGACUUGAUUAUUCACCAACUGAUUCUCACCGGGCAGAGGCCAUUUACCUGCUCUCGGUGCGGAAAGGGCUUCUCUAAUCCGUGUGCCAUGCUGCGACAUGAAUGCAUUCACACCGGGGAAAGGCCGUUCGUCUGCUCUCAGUAUGGGAAGGGAUUCUAUCGUUUACCCAGCCUGCAGAAUCACCACCGUUUUCAUACCAAGGAGAGGCUAAUCAGCUGCACACAACAUGGGAAGUGA